CAGUACAUUUCAAUAGUUUGUUUGUUUGACGAAUAAGGUGGUCUGCCCCCACUUCAUCCAGUUCUCUUUAGUGUUUGCCAAUGUUGGAGGUGUAACUGGGGUCUGGCCCUGGAUUAAGAAAAAGAGCAUGGCUCAAGUGAAAGUACAGACCUCGGCACCCCUGGCUGGUCCUGGCCUCUCUCCUGGAGCUCCUGCAGCGGCCGUGGCCAGCCCCGGAGCCCUGAGUCUGCAGCCCUCUGUCAACGGCACCAGCCCAGCCCCAGCCCCCACAUCCGGCUGCCCUGCUCCUGCAGGCGGAUAUGGGGACACCCCUGUGUCUGCUUCACCACCAGGCCCAUCCCAGGACAACAUGGCAAACCCUAAAGAGAAAACUCCAAUGUGUUUGGUGAAUGAGUUAGCCCGUUUUAAUAGAAUCCAGCCACAGUAUAAGCUGCUCAAUGAGAGAGGGCCUGCACAUGCAAAGAUCUUCACAGUACAGCUGACUCUUGGGGAGCAGGUCUGGGAAGCUGAAGGCACCAGCAUCAAAAAGGCCCAGCACUCCACUGCUGCCAAAGCCCUGGACGAGAGUGUGCUCCCCCGGCCCGCGCCACGCUCCCCAAAAGUGGACAUCAACAGUAACCCAGGCAGCAUAACACCAACAGUGGAGCUGAAUGGCCUGGCUAUGAAGAGAGGGGAGCCUGCUAUCUACCGGCCUUUGGAUCCUAAACCAAUGCCCAACUACAGAGCAAACUACAACUUUAGAGGGAUGUUCAACCAAAGGUACCACUAUCCAGUUCCUAAGAUCUUCUACGUGCAGCUGUCUGUGGGGAGCCAUGAGUUCAUUGGAGAAGGACGCACUCGUCAAGCAGCGAGACACAAUGCAGCUAUGAAGGCCUUGCAAGCCCUGCGCAAUGAACCUAUCCCCGAAAGGCCUCCACAGGCCCAAGAAGAACAAGAAGACAGCGAAGAAGGCACAGAUGCCAGCAAAUCAGAAAUUAGCUUGGUGUAUGAAAUAGCCUUGAAGAGAAAUUUCUCUGUCAACUUUGAGGUGUUGAAGGAGAGUGGCCCUCCUCACAUGAAGAGCUUCCUGACUCGGGUGACCGUGGGGGAAUUCAGUGCUGAGGGCGAAGGCAACAGCAAGAAACUGUCCAAGAAACGUGCCGCACUGUCCAUUCUGCAGGACCUGAAGAAGCUGCCCUUUAUCCCUGUUGUGGAGAAACCCAAAACACAUUACAAGAAACGCACCAAGACCAUCCUAAAGACAGGACCAGACUAUGGCCAAGGCAUGAAUCCGAUCAGCCGACUGGCCCAGAUCCAACAGGCCAAAAAGGAGAAGGAGCCGGAGUACGUGCUGCUCUCAGAGAGGGGGAUGCCCCGUCGCAGGGAGUUCAUUAUGCAGGUGAAAGUGAAUAAUGAAGUUGCCACGGGAACGGGACCUAACAAGAAAGUGGCCAAACGCAACGCAGCUGAGGCAAUGCUCCUGCAGCUGGGAUACAAGGCCUCCACAGUAACACCGAGCCCCACUGAGAUGGACAACAAAGGCUGGAAUGGACAAAAGGCGCCAUUUACCGAAGCCACAAGUAACACUCAGAAAGGUCUGCUCCACCUCAGCCCUGAUGUGUACCAGGAGAUGGAGGCCAGCAGGAAGCAGGGAGGUGGCACUGUCCCGAGUAACAACAGUGGCUCGGUCAACUACAUGACUUCCAAAGACAUGGGCCCGUUGCCUCCAGGACACACUCCCUACUAUGGGAACGCGCCCUCGUCGCCCAGCCCAACUGCGGCUAUGGCCCGGGAGCUGCUUCUCAACGGUCAGUCUCCUACAGCAGACGGCUCCCUCCCCCUGAAGGGCUCCUGUGGAGUGUCUGUGCAGCCUGCACAGCAGCUGGACUACCUGGCCCGCAUCCAGGGCUUCCAGGUGCAGUACAGUGAUGCACAGAGUGGUAAGGAUUUUGUGACCUACCUGACCCUCUCCCCUGUGCAGAUGACCUUCCACGGCACCGGGAGCACCCUCCAAGCCAGCCAUGACCAGGCUGCUCUAAGUGCCUUGAAACAGCUGUCGGAGCAGGGACUGGACCCAGUGGAAGUCAAGAGCGAAUCAGACUAAACAGACUAACUCAGGCACCACCACUCAGGUCUGCAAGGAUUCAAAGGCUGUCGUCCAGGAGCUGACAACCCUCCAAAACCCACCCCUCCCUCCCUCCUCAGCAAAAACCUCCAAUGACCUCUCCCCCCACAGUGUCCCCCUCCCUCCUAUGUUACCCCCACGAUCGCCACUGUAUCCUGCAAAACCUGUCAACAUGCAAUAGGGUGGAUGUGCACCGAGAAAUGACCGACUAUAAAACACAACCUGAGUCUAUGUGAAGACAACGCUAUUUUAACACGUUUAUGAAUUAUUUCUGUCGAAGAAAAACACCGUUAUGAGAUUCAUGCAUGGUACUGUAUGACAACAAGGGAAAUGCAUAGACAAUUUCCCUCACCGAUAUGUUAUGGUAUGGUUAAAAACAAAUAUGUACAUCAUGCCAUUUAGAAGAUUUCAAAGGGGCGAAACCAACUUGCAUACAGUAGCUUACUUAUGGGGGUUCUGUUCUAUUUUUAUUUCUUUUUUGUUAUUUUAUUAAUCUAACAAUGCUUGAGUACUGUAUUUAAAAUUAACCAAUGCCAGUGCUGUGAAAGUUGUAGUUGUUGUCUUCAUAUAUAGUCACCCAGCUUACCUUGUAUGCUGAUUUAAAAAAGAAAAAAGUAAAUUCAUCUAUCUAUAUGGAUGUGUAUGACUUGCAAGAGUAUCAUAUUCCAGAAAAUAACACAGAAAUUUCUUUUCAUGUGGACGAAAAGGACAAAACUGGUGUUAGCAGUAAUCAGUAGAAGUGUGACAAACAGGAAGUAGAGGAUGAGCUUCACCUGUACUUCCUGUAUGGUCUUUUUUUAACCAACUCCAUGGUCAGCCACAGCAUCCCUGGAGCGGAGGCACUGUUGUACUACUUUAUCUCACAAAAGGCCAGUCCCUUCAACAGUGGCAGUUCACAUUAACGCCCGUCAAAAGUUGUAGUAUCCAAAAAAGCUUGUGAGAGCUUUGUUUGGGCGGCGUGCCAACUGCAUGGCCUCCAGCAAUGAAAGGUCCUCUCCAUUCCAGUGAUUUUGUGUCAGUGGACCACCCCCCCUCCCCCGUCCACAGUUUUGUCGAUCACAUCUACACCCAUUGUGUGUGUUGUAUUGACCCGCCAAGGCAUCAACUGGGUGCUUUUAAUGCCUGCAUCUUUUUGGAGCAGAGACAAACCCUCUCCCCAAAAGGCCACUAUGAAUUACUUGUUCACUGACAUUGAGGAUGUGUUGUCUUCGCUGUGAGUGCAAUAGUGUAAUACGGCUGUUUGUGUUACUGAAAUGCAGUAAAAACACCUCAGUUCAUGUGGAAAAGAGC